ACGUCAGUGUUUGGCAAAAGUGGGAACAGUAGGAGUGUUUCUUUGUCUGCAGUUUUACGCGAAAAGUACUGAACCGAUUUGCACCAAACUUGGUGGAGGGAUCCGGUUAAAGAGGAGGACGCAGGAUGUUUUAUUUUUAGUGCCUCUCAGUUGUCGAAGACUGACUACACACUGAACAAAUUGCUCUAACAACAACAUCCCGUCUUUAACUUCAGCUAUUUCCUGGUCCCACCCGCCGCCUGUUCUCGUCUGGUUUCCAGGUUUCGUUCAGGAAAAUCCAAGUUUUUCUCUGCGCGGAUGAAGGAUGGUGAUAAUACCGUGUUUACAGCUGACGUGACCCAUUCAGAAACACACUUUAAAAUGAGUGACAGAGUCAGGAAUUUAAAUUCAUCUCCAUGGAAACACGAGUCUUAUCAGUCUCAUCUCAUUGGGCAUUUCAUCCCCUCGCGAAUUUGAUGUAGUGACAUCGCUGAUCUAACGGUGCAGAGCGGAAGUCAAAGAAUCUGAAUCAGCUCGGUCCUUUACCGGUUCUUCAUCAUCAAAACAAGAUGAAGUUAUUUUUGUUUCUCCUUUUCUGUCACGGUUCAUCAUCAGUCAAACACUCUCUGAAGUUUUUCUUUACUGCGUCUUCUGGACUCCCAAACUUCCCUGAGGUUGUCGGUGCUGCACUGGUCGAUGACAUUGUGGUCGGUUACUGCGACACCGACACACAGAGAUUUGAACUAAAACAGGAGUGGGUGAAAACUUACUUAGAAAAGAACCCUGAGCAGCUGCAGUGGUACAGAGCAGCGUGUUUUCAGAAUCAGCCUAAUCUUUUAAAGGCCAGGAUUCGUGGUUUGAAACAGCGCUUCAAUCAAACCGGAGAUGUCCACAUUUUCCUGGAGAUAAGUGGCUGUGAAUGGGAUGAAACGACUGGAGAGGUUAUUGGUUUUUUGCAGUUUGGUUAUGAUGGAGAAGACUUCAUGGCUUUAGACCUGAAGACAAAAACAUGGAUCACCCCAAAAUCACAGGCUGUCUCCGUCAAACUCAGAUGGGAUGCUGACAAAGGGAGAAUAAAACACAUUGAGAACUUGUUAACUCAGGUUUUUCCUGAGUGGCUGAAGAACUUAGUGGACUAUGGAAAGAGCUCUCUGCUGAAAACAGAGCGUCCCUCAGUGUCUCUCCUCCAGAAGACUCCCUCCUCUCUACUCAGCUGCCACGCUACAGGUUUCUACCCUGACAGAGCCGAGAUGUUCUGGAGGAAAGAUGGAGAGGAGCUUGAUGAGGACGUGGAGCACGGAGAGAUCCUCCCCAACCAUGAUGGAACCUUCCAGAUGAGUGUUGACCUGAACAUUUCAUCAGUCACACCUGAAGACUGGGGGAGGUAUGAAUGUGUGUUACAUCUCUCUGGUGUGAAGGAGGACAUCGUCACCAAACUGGACAAAGCAGAGAUCAGGACCAAUGGAGAGAAGCCGACUGACAGGACCGUCCUCAUCAUUGUUCCACUCGUUGUUUUCAUCUUCAUCCUCAUCUUCAUCGCUGUCAUUGGAUUCAUGGCUCACAAAAAGAAGAAAGCCACACGCCGUCCACCUCCUUCUGACAACGACACUGAGCUGUCUACACAACUGAAUCCAGAAACCUGAUUGUCAGACACACUCAGAGAGUUUCCUCAUAUGGGAUGGAAAACACUUCUGUCUGACAGUUUUCCUUUAUCUGCCAGGUCUUAUCUUAACUUCCACUGUUCCUAGCUUCAUUUUCAGAUCCUCAGUCAGCUGCUUAGAGGAGCCCAUGGUUGUUGAGAGUUACCACAAGACUGAAAGAGUCUAUGGAAAUGUCAUGAGGUGACAGUUCCUUCAGGCAAUUCUUGACCUGCUUUACAGGUCAUUACAAGUCAAUUAAAAAUGAACAAGUUCAAGAAGUCUUUUAGAAGUAGUUCAAUCAGGAGAAACUUACAAGAAGAACAACAGAAAAUUAGAAAGUUGAAGGAACUUUAUUGUGAACAGGUAGAACAGACUUUGGUGCUCAGGAAGUAGAUCCACAUAGGAAGGGAUUCUAUGGAUUAGAUGCUUCUGACGUGAAGGAAACUCCCCCUGAGGCCUAGACCUUGAUGGUGAUGAUGAGGACUGGAGUUCAUGGUUGUGGCGUGUUCUUAGAAGGAACCUCCAGAUUGAAGGGUUUGAUUGGAGAUGGCUGCCCAUCUACAACUGAGCUGGUGAAAGAGCGAGGCAGGGUUGCAAAUCGUCAUGUGGAGCUAGUGGAGCUUAGAAUUAGCAGGAAACUGUGCUUGUGACGUAGAAGUGACAGGAAACCUCACUGACAAUAACAUGGAUUCUGUGCUUCCAUGGGAAUGCUCAGCCAACUUAUGGCACAUUUUACUGUGUAUUGAUAAUUAUAAAUGAAUGUCAAAAUCAAAUGUAUUUUUUUUUUCUUUUUGUGCUGAUGCUUUUUU